AAGAAGGUCCCGAGCACGGAAAAGCACCACUUUGAAAAGUCGUAGACGUGUUCCGGUCAAAGUAAAAUUCCGGAAAUUUUCUGGAAAUGAAAGACGAAUAAUUCCUGGAUAAAACGCAGUUUUUAAAUAAAUUUUCGGUUUGGUCGUUGGUGCGUAAUCCGAGGCCGAAAUGUUGUCGUGUUGAGGUCGCCAUUUUGGUUGCGCUACAGGAUUGUGCGAAUGCUGUGAGCGGAAUUUUUCUCGUUUUUUCACAUUUUCCGAAAGACUUUUUGAAUUUUUUUUUCGGGCAACGGCACCGCAAGACACUGGAGAUGACCCAGACACCAAACACUACCAACUGGGUGAUCCAGGGAUCGAAUGGACAACCACAAAUAAUGAAAAUAGUCCAGUCGUCUGGAAAAUCUAUGGCCAGCCUGAUGACUUCUACAGUGGGAGGAACGCCUGUGAAGUUUUUUAAAACAGCUUCAGUAGCUGGGGAUUCCUCGCAGAUUUACACUACCUCAUUACCCCAAUCUCAACAACUGAUUAGAGGUUUCACUACAAACUCACCCGUAACAACAAAGCAAGUGCCCAUCAAUAUCGGCUCGCCAGUCAACAACAUCCCAAAAGGUACAAAAACCAUAAGAUUAACGCAGGCUCAAAUGCAAAGCCUCAAGUUAACCCCGCAAGGCCAACAAAGAAUGUUCUCCAUCCAGCAUAGUCCUAUUUCGCAGGCUGUGCCGGUGAUUCAGCAAUCGCCACCCGCUCAGCAUUAUCAGCACACAAAAAACAUUUCGCCUCCGAUUUUGUCCAGGAAACGUGCAGAUUCUGUGGAACAUGUAGAAUUUGCUCCUGAAAAUAAACGUUUAAGGAAAUCUGAAAAGCUCAGUCGUGGUCUGAGGCACUUUUCCAUGAAAGUGUGCGAAAAAGUUAAAGAAAAAGUUACCACGACUUACAACGAAGUGGCUGACGAUUUGGUGAGAGAGUUUACUGCGCAACAGCAUUCCAUUAACAGUCCUCUAGCUGAUCAGUAUGACCAAAAGAACAUCAGGAGAAGAGUAUAUGAUGCUUUGAAUGUCCUCAUGGCUAUGAAUAUAAUCUCCAAAGAGAAAAAAGAAAUCAGGUGGAUCGGGUUGCCCACGAAUUCCUUGCAAGAGUGCCAACAAUUGGAAAUGGAAGUGCACAAGAAAACGAAAAUUAUCAGGGAAAAGGAGAAACAAUUCUAUGAGCUGAUAACCAGUCAAAUCGCUUUCAAAAGCUUGGUUCAAAGGAAUAAAGAAAUGGAAGCUUUGCACGGUGUUCCAGGAACAAACUCUUACAUAAAAUUACCAUUUAUUAUUCUCAAUACAGAUAGAAAGACUGAAAUUAAUUGUAGCAUCUCCAAUGACCAGAUGGAGUAUAUUUUUCAAUUUAAUGAUAAGUUUGGAGUUAGCGAUGAUUUGGAUUUAUUGAAGCAGAUAGGAAUGCUACAUGGUCUAAACACCGGUAACUGUUCUCAACAAGAUUUAGAAAGAAUCAAAUCUCUAUUGCCAGAAUCUUUGUGGCCCUACGUAGAGAAAUUAGCCAUGGGUUCCAAGAACCCGCUUGAAGAUUUACUAGAUUCGGGCAGCGCCAGCACUUCUUCAAUGCCCCAAAUGUCCGAUUUUGUCGAAACAACAUUGGAAGAAGAAAAUUCCCGUCAAUCUAGCAGCAACGAUCCAAUGUCGCCAGCAGUGGAAUUUUCUGACGAAGAGGUCGAUUCUGAAUUGUCCAGUGACGAUUUGAAUUAGUGGAUCAAGACUCAAAAUACUUUUGUAAAUAGAUUGUAGUAGUUUAAUAAUAAUCAUUGAAAUUUUAUUGGGUUUUAGUCACACUAUUUCCCUAAUUCCUUGCACAGACAAAUGUUGAAAAAGUGAUAAUGAAACGCUUAUAAUCUUUGUCGAAUUUUUUUGAACCUUGACCAAUUUUCUCGGACUGUUUUUCUUGUCACUUUUUGCCCCCCCAACAAUAAUUGAUUUUGAAUUGAAUAAAUUGUUUUUAUUGUAUAAAUUUUUGCUUGCAGAAUUAUUUUUUGUACAUUUCAGAGCUAAUUGUUAGGUUUUUUUUCAGAGAUUUUAGAUUAAAAAUUAUGUUUUUUUUUAUGGAAAGUGCCACAGUAAUAAUAGUUGUAUUAAAAAUACGAAACAUGCCAUAUACCAAAGUCAUUUUAAGAACAAAAGAUUUGCCAAUAUUUCCACAAAAAGUUAUUAUUAUUAUUGCACUUUCUAUUAUUAUUAUUAUUAUUAUUAAUUAAUUGUUAAAAUUUUUUGGUUAGGUUUUAUGGUUAAUGUGUUUUUCUAUUAAGCACAAUCAUUGUCCAUAUACUUAAGUAAGUGUAAGUACCAAGAUUAUUUGCUGUACAAAUUGUUUAAUUGAUUAUCAAUAAUUUUUAACCUCUUGUUGGUGUAAAACAAAUAAUAAUUAUGAGGUUAUUUAAUAUUUGCCAUUUUUAUUUAAUAUUCUAUAUUAAACACAAACACCUUUACAUAAAUGUAAACUGUAGAUAGUAAGAGGGAAUAACAAAUUGAAAAAAAAAAAACAAACACUUUCGAUCUGUGAUUGUGACAAAAGAAAAAUUAAUUUUUGGUAUCUACAAACAGUAUUUACAUUUUAUCAAAGUAGAAAUUACAGGAUGUUAAUUGAUAAGCCGAUUUUCAAUAAUAAACAAAUGGAAUUUAUGAAGUAGUGAUUUUCUUUGUUUAGUUAAGGUCGUCAUCGUCGUAGAGAUCAUCAAAAUCUAAAAGCAAAAUAAUUGUUAAGCUUUCUCAUUAGCAGUCAAGUCAAUUAAUAAAGCACCUCCG